GAUUAGAUGUUUCGCUUACUGCUAUGACAUCGUGACAUAGUAUUUGAACCAAGUUUUACGGAUUGUAGUGUCGUUCAAUAAGGUUUACAUACUGCUGCAUGGUAGAACUGUGAAGCUGUUACUGAUAGAAAUAAUUCAUUGGCGAAUUACAUAUUUCUUUAUAAAAUUCGGAAGAAAAGUUUAUUAAUCUCUUCAAUCGUUGCACGUACAAGUGCCCCGAUGUUUCUACGAUGGAAAAACUGAAGACUAAAAAUACAAGAAUAUUGUUCAUAUGACAAACGCUUUUUAUAUUUGUAUCAAACAAAAUAACCGAAAAAGCUGUUCAACAUAAUGAGAAGAAAGGACUUGAGUUGUCAUCUAAACGUCUAGAACAGGUCCGAAGAUAUGACAGAGGCGCUUAUACCAGCUGAUCCUUCUUUCUCACCAUCGGAGGAGCGCAGACGUACCGGCAGGUAUGUGGCUGUCACUCUUGUCGUCAUAGCCUGCCUCCUUGGGUUGCAUCAUGCUUUCGUCAAGCAGAACGUGGUUCUCGCUGGUCUCAUAGUGCCAGCCCUCAUCAUGGUCUUCUACGUCCUAUGGGUGCUGCAUACCGCCAAGAAGUCCAAUUGCAAGCUCUCCGGUUUCGAAAUCAAGGAGGUUACUGCAGUAGUUACCAAAGAAAUAACAUCUUCGCCCGCAGACCCCGAGACACCUCCAUCAGCAUCGGGCAUUUUGAACAAUGCAGCCGAAAUUCCUUAGCUCUUAAUAUGACAGUAAUUAAUAAGAGGCUCAUGUCAUAUUAUUGAAGGAGAUGUGACAGACAAGUAUCUGAAAGCGUUAGCAAUGGAAAUGUUGCAUCACUCACGUCGUUUCGGCCAGUCUUCGUGUGCUAAACUUAUUAAAAUGUGUUACAAAAUUAUCAGAAAUUAAUGCAUCAACGGAUACUAUUCUAUGUGUCAAUUAUUUAUGUUGUUUAUCUUAUAUAUUACCGGAAAUGAACUACCGCUAAAUUUAAAUAUAGGCUGAAUGAAAAGUAGAAAGAACUCAGAGAAAUCCUGAUAUUUUGGAAGAAACGGGAUGAUUUUGCUCUAAACAAGAUAUUGUGAAAGAGAAAUCCAAUAUGCAAUAAUGAAAUGUUUCGUACCCUUGUCGGAAUAUCUGUGAAUGUAUUAACAUUUGUGUGCAUUCGCACUAAAUUUGGAUAUUUCUGCUCCUUCAAUACGCCUGCUUCUCAUUGAAGAAAUCUGAACCACUUGCAUAAGCGCAACGUUCAGAAAUUUAUAGCGAAAAAAUUAAAGAGGAUAGUACUUGGUGGCAUUUAUGUGAGCAGUGCCAUUUGUUUGAGAUGUGAGUUGGAAGGUCUCACAACGAAGGGAAACUUGCGAGACCUGAGCACAUGCUGGAAUGAAGUAUUGAAAUGUGUCUAAGAGAGACAGGUUUUGAGAGUGUAAACCACGUGGGAUUGAUUCAGUAGAGGGUAAAAGGGAAGGAUUCUGUGACGGUGGUGAUGGGCCUUCGGAUUCCAUAACAUAAAGAAAUGACUUGAUUUGUUAACAACACCAACAUCUGUGAGAUGCUGAACAUGAUGUUGAGAUGUUGAACAUUGUGAGAUUCUGUGUUUCUUACGGUCAUAACUAAGAAGUGUAUUAUAUUCUGGGAUGUUAUGCAGUGUAAUUUGGUACAAGUUAACCGACGUUUCGGAGGAACGUAAUGUCUCCCUUUUCAGGGCGAAGAAUAGGACAACUGAGGACCAAGUAGCAAGCAAAAUGUGUUAUCCCAUGAAACAGUCCUCUUAGAGUUAAUAUUUCUUUUAAGAACUGUUCUUUUUAUAUAUAACAGGAGACUAUGAAGCUUCCGUACGACUGUAUGAUCAGUUAAAUGAUGAUCGAUCUUGCUUUUUCAUAACCUAAAUGUCCCAGUUUCCUUACAAUAUGUUUGUAACAUUAAAAUCCGAUAUGAUGCAAUCAGAUAGGGAAGUGGAAAAUGAAUUAAAUAACCCCUCACGAAUACACGUUUACAUAUGGAAAGAGCCGGUAAUUAUAUUUUGAUAAACGUAACAUUCCACGCCUCUUAGCUCGGCAUUUCUGGCACUUUUCUUUUUGUAUUUUAUUUCAUUUGUAAACGAAUGACAGUUGUUUACUUGGUAUGUAUGGUAUG